AUCAUCGCGCUGCUCGUCGAGCGGGGCGCGGUACUGGAGAUAUCCCCAAGACAUCAUUACUGGGCUUCGCAUCUCCUUAUCGAGGUCUGCCGGGACUACGACAGCCCGGAAGCGCUCGAUCUCCUAGCCCGUAUCGGCGCUGAUAUAUAUACUAGACGGCUAGACGAGGACCAACACACUCUGCUCCAGGUAGCUGCAGGCCGUGGCGCUGUAGGGGCCGUCGGGUUUCUCUUAGAUCGAGGAGUGCCUAUGAAUUAUACUAGCGCCCAGUAUGACGAUGGUGAUCAUGACGGCCCUAUCAAUGGAACUCCGCUCCACUGGGCGGCUGCGAAGGGACGGUCCCGAGCCGUCCGUCUCCUCCUGAGCCGAGGUGCGCUAUCGGAUAUAGGAAUGAGAGAUCAGGACGGGUUAACCCCUCUUCACACAGCCGCAUACAACUCGAACGCGGCCGCUGUACAAACCCUCCUCGACCUUGGUGCGGACCCGGACGCUACAGACGAAUACGGCCGGCAGCCCUUACACUGGGCCGUAAUCGGACGGUUUCUUGGGCAUUCCCCCGAGAUCAUCUCCUGGACCUGGAACAGCCUCCAAACUGACCCUCAGAAGAGCUCGGCCUUGUCGAAAAAGCUAGCGGCAUUGGAAUUGACCAUCUCCCAUCUCAUUGCCCACAACGCGAGUGUCAACUGCCCAGAUACCUUUGGCCGUACCCCCCUCCAUUACGCGGCGUACAUGAAGCAGACUAUUGCUAUGACCCUUUUCCUGCAGCACGGCGCCGACCCCUGCCUGAUCGACACCGACGGCCGCACCACAUUCCACCACCUCGCGAGCCCCCUCUACACUCCGCACUUCCGCGACCUCGCCGACGCCACCACCGACGACGCCCACCUAACCACCACCACGCUCGCCACCCGGAUACAAGACUCCGCUAACACUACCACCAUCCUCAACCAUCGCGAUAACACCGGCACAACCGCCCUCCACCUAGCAGCACGCUGCGCCUCCGCCCCAGUCGUCGCCCUCCUCCUAACCCUCGGCGCCGACCCCAACCUCGCCCUCACCUUCCCCGACAACAAGGAGCCUGAGACCCAAGAAGCGGGUAAAACAACAGCACUACACCUCGCGGCGCACCUCCCCAGCUGGGCCCGGCGGCAGCUCGGCACGUACGAGGAGCAGGAGUACGUUGUCU